AUGCAGUGUACACAUUAUUAUUAUUAUUAUCAGACUAUAAUAAUUAUAUUAUGUUUACGCGUGUGCGCGUGUGGAUAUAUAUAUAUGUGUGUGUGUGUGUGUAUAAUAUGUUUUAAUAUAUUAUAUAUAGGGUGCACUGGAUACGCAACGACGACCAGAACCAAUAGUAUGGAAUUCGAUAACGGUUCAAAUGACUUUCAGAUACAACCGAGUCAAUUAAACGAAGCGCCUUUGAAGAAAAGAAUCAGAUCGGGUGCUAAUGCCAGAGAACGAGACAGAACUCAAAGUGUAAACUCGGCUUUUGAUGUUCUACGGGCCAUGAUACCCAUUGAUCCUCCCGACCGCAAACUAUCUAAAAUAGAAACAUUACAGUUAGCCACGAAAUACAUUAGUCACCUGUCCCAGAUCCUGAAUUCUGGAGAAGAACAAGCACACAGUUUCUACGAUGUAUGUAUAUUUUGUUUAACAAAUAAAAUCAAUUCUUGAGUAGUAUACAAAAAACAAAGACUCCUUACAAAUUUCACCAAAAUGUAUUUAUUAUUUUAUAAUCUAUAUAAUAUUAUGUAUAUUUAUUUAUAAUUAUAUUUUUUAUAUUUAUCAAUUUUGUGAAUAAUAUUAAAGCUAUGUGUAUUUACAUUUACAAUCAAAUAAAAAAAAUAUACUGUAAAUUAUUGUAUAAUAUACAUUUAUUAUGUGCAUGGUAAUAUAAAGCACAAACUAAAAUAAACCAAAAAGGAACACUAAAAAACAAAACAAAAUCAAAUACAACCAGUUACUGUAAAAGGACAUGUAACAUUUGGUUGAUUAUUUUAAUCUUUAAAAAAUAAAUUUAAUUUAAAUACUACAAC